GCCAACACAUGUCCAAAAGCUAUUGUGUGUGCCUGAACCAGUCCCUGAGCUACUGCUGCUGUUGUCCACAUCAUCACCACGACGAAUCUCCCACGCCCGCCCGCCUGCUGCGUUUUCGACUGCGCGCAAUAUACAAAUAAAAAUACCUCUGCACUAUAAAACCACAAUUCAUACAAUAAUCCACCUCUGCGCUUGAUCGCAACGCGGCCGAAUGUCCAACUACUACGGUAGCCAGCAGGGCGGCGCCCCCCCCUACGGCAACAAUCAGGGAGGCAACGCACAAAACCUCCAGUUCUACCCGUCGUCCUAUUCGCCCAACGCCGUCUCGGGCGCCGCUACUCCCCAGCAGGCGGCGUACGGCUUCACUAGCACCAAUAAUGCCGGCUCGGGCUUCUCGUCCGGCGGCUUUGGCGGCGCAGGAGGCGUGUCUGGUCGCAUGGGCGAGCACGGUGGCCUGCGAACGGGAUGGCUGGCUGCCUUUUCCACAGAAGGCUACGAUGGCGAGCCGCCGCUGCUCGAGGAGCUUGGCGUGAACUUUGACCAUAUUCAGAAGAAGACCCUCGCGGUUCUCAACCCCUUCCGCCACAUCGACCAGCACAUCAUGGACGACUCCGACCUCGCCGGCCCCGUCCUCUUCUUCCUCCUCUUUGGAUUCUCGCUGCUCUUUUCCGGCAAGGUCCACUUUGGAUACAUUUACGGCCUCGCCCUUCUCGGCUCGACUAGUUUACAUAUGAUUCUGUCUCUCAUGUCUCCCGACGACGACCCCACCACUGGAGGACAGUAUGGCCAGUUCAACGAUGCUCACGGCAAUGGACAGCAGCAGGGCGGCAGCAUCAGCGGCGGCCACUUCUCUGCCACGCUUACCUUUACUCGCUCUGCGUCCGUCUUGGGCUACUGCCUGCUGCCUCUUGUCGCAACCUCUCUCUUUGGCAUCGUCAUGUCCAUGGACACGCCCAUUGGUAUCUGCAUCACUAGCGGUGCCAUCAUGUGGUGCACGUACAGCGCCAGUGGCAUGUUCUGCGCCGUGGGCAGAAUGAAGGGCAUGCGUGGACUUGUUGCGUACCCUCUGGCUCUCUUUUACGUUGGCUUUGGCAUCAUGAGCAUUUUUAGCUCCAGGGGAGCUGGAUCCUUGGCUAAUGCUGCCGCCAAGCUUAAUGUCUAGAAUGUAACAACAUACCAAACCUUUACGACGCAGAACAUAUAAUAGUAAGACAGGCACUUGAGAGUCAGGCCAAAGAGGAGUGCAAAUGUGGUAGACUUGAGCAUAGCAUGGUUGGGGAAUAUUGCAAUUCACGAAGGUUUACGAGGCGGAGAACUAGUUGGUAAUGAAUAAUACAACGAGUAUAUCGGGCAGAAGUCGAAAAGCGUAGCCUUAGAAUAUAAAAACAAUUUACUCUUCCACCCUGUGUACUUUUUAAAGCAACAUUGAUGCUUAGUUCCCGUCGCCGUAACCCCACCAUUUCAUACAGCGUCUCUCGUCAUUGUAGAACUAACAGAAUAAGAGACCGCAUAGAUGAAAAGAAGCCCUUUUCAUCGUCUCGUGUCAAGAAACCGACUCGGGUAAAAUGAACGCCGACAAGGGAGUUACCACAGAGGAAAGAAACAACAAGAAUUAGAGACAGAGCAACCUUUGCUGGAGCUCAGCUAUAGUAGUAGGAAAAUGAACAGCGUGGGUGGUCAGCCAUUCAAAAAAGGGUCUAAUGUAGAAGAGGCCAGACGAAAAGAGAAAAACAAAAGUGCAAUGCAUGAGACUGAUAUAGAAAAUCGCAAGAAAAUGGUGGUCGUACAAAGAACAUUGGGCUAUUGUGGCAUGGUUCGGGGUCUCUAGUGGACGCCGUUGGUCUGCGCCUCAGGCUUGCCGUAGAGAAUAGAGUAUUGGCCACCAGCGCCGGCGCCGAGAAUGUGCUUACCGCGCACAGCGGUGUUGUCGAUAAGAGUAGGCUUCUCGAUUUCGUCAUCGGUGCCCUGGCCAGUCUGGUAGUUGGCAGAGAAGCCCCAGGAGUAGACCUUGCCGUCCUUGGAGACUGCGAAGCUGUUGUCGGAACCGGCAGCAACGGCGCAGAUGUUGGGAGCAGCUGUAAUAGUAGUUAGCUUUGUGAUACUCUAUAUGUUAGGAACAGAUAAGGGAAAACGUACCAGGGUUAAUGGUGGGCUUGAAUAGAAUACGGGCGGUGUCGCGCUCGUCAAAGAUGACAUCCUCCUUGUUCAGCUCCGAACCCUCGAAACCAACCUGGUAGCCGUCAAUGCGGCCCCAGACGAAGAGGUGACCAGCAUCAGAGCAGGCAACGGAGUGGUGGCUACCGCCGUCGACCUCGGUGAUUUUGUGGCCGUCGAGCAGAUCCAACUUCACAGGCUUCAAGAUGACCGCAUCGUCAUCACCGGCGUUGGCUUGGAUACCGAGCUCGCCAAAGUUGUUGAGACCCCAGCCCCAGACCUUGCCCUCCUUGUCAAUGGCAAAGGAGUGGUACGCACCACAGGCAAUCUUCUCAAUCUUGCCCUUGGGGAGACCCAUACCCAUUGGUGUGAGAGACGAGAGCUUGUUGCGCUCAAUGAUACGGCGACCGAGCUGGUUCUGCUGGCCAGAACCCCAGGCGAGCACGUUGCCCUUGUUGUCCAGGGACAGGAUGUGGUUGGAGCCGGCGGCCAGCUUCUGGAUGUUCUUGAGCGUGGGCAUCAACAUCGGGCGAGUCUGGACGUGGACAUUCUCGCUGAAGCCGAGGAUACCGUCGCUUGAUCGGAACGUGCCCCAGCCGUAGACGCGGCCAGUCUCGGUCAGGACAAAUGUGGCGCUGUCGCUGGCAACAACUUGGACAAACUUGGAGCCAGGAGCAAAGAACUCGGGGAGGACCUCGCCUGGAGUGCUUUCGUUGGGGUUCAUGCCGGUGUCGUCCUCGUCAUCGUCAGAGUCGUCGGCGGCGUCCAUGUCCCGCAGGCCACCGUCCCAGGUCGUGUCACGACCAAGCGCACCCUGGUCAUUGACACCCCAGGUCAGGAUCUUGUUGUCGUGAGUAAUGGCAGCAACGUGCAUACCACCGCAGGCAAUCUGAACAACGCCGACCUUGCCGGCAGCGAGGUUCUCGUUGAGGCGAGGGCGCUUGACGUCAAUAGGCUUCUUGCCAUUGACCUUCUUGCUGCCUAGGCCCAGCUCGCCCGACGUACCUUCGCCAAACACGUAAAUAUCGAGACGCUGUGUAGGUGCAUCGUUGAUUUUCUUGCCCGCAUCGGCAGGUAGCGCCUUUUUCGAAGGCGCCUUGGGGACGGCCUUGAUGCGCUUGGCCUGGGGAGCGGCGGCAUUGGGAGCAUUGUCGACAUCGUCGUCGGCUUUGCGCUUCAGUGAAGAGGAGUCGGACAUUUCGUCGGCGUCUUCCGUCUUGGUAUCCUUCUUCUUGGGAGCAGCAGUAGCGGCAGUGGCCUUCUUGGUGUCCUUUGCCGGUGUCUUGGCCCGAGCGGAAGCCUUGGUAGAAGUAGUCUUCGCGGGAGCAGCUUUCGCGGGAGCUUUAGCAGGGGCCUUUGUCUUGGCUGGAGCUUUGGCUUUUGCAGGAGCAGCCUUGGAUGCAGCAGCUUUGCCUUGAGCAGCGGCCAUGGCGAUUGAGUGCUGUGCGGAUCGUCUUUUUUUUGCUUGUUAUGCAAGGGAGGGCGACGGGUUGGUGUCAACGACCUGAGACAAGCGGAACGCGACGGCGGGUAUCGAAAUCGCGCGUGCAGUGAAUCUCGACUGAUUGAUAUCUGUACCGACAAUGGAUGCAAAGAGAUGCCAAUCGAUGAUAAACACCUGGAAAGUUUGAGGGGUUAAACAAGAAUCAGCGCUGUGGGAGGUUUGCCUCUU